AUGUCUGACGGCAACUCUGAUGGACACAAUGGCGUGCACUCGACCAGCAGCAACGAGGACUUGACAAGUCGAGAUCCCCGUCCAGCAUACAAGCGCAAGAUGUCAACUCCAUUGGCUCCUCCCUUCAUGGUCUCGGCUCCUGGAAAGGUCAUCGUCUACGGCGAACAUGCUGUCGUUCAUGGNAAAGGUAGCACUCUUGCGACAAUCGCUGCCCAUUCACGACUGACCCCUGAACAGGCUGCUAUGGCUGCUGCCAUCUCUCUUCGUUCCUACAUGCUCGUCACCACUCUCUCCAAGUCACGCCGUACCAUCACCUUGCGCUUCCGCGACAUUGACCUCGACCAUACCUGGGACAUUGACUCGCUACCAUGGGAUGUCUUCUCCCAUCCCGAUCGCAAGAAGCGCUACUACGAUCUCGUUACACAACUCGACCCAGUCCUUGUCGACGCUAUGAAACCUCACAUUUCCAAAGUUUCUCCCAAUAUCCCAAUUCCCGAGCAAAAAAUACACCAGGCUGCAGCAUCUUCCUUCCUCUAUCUCUUUCUUUCGUUAGGCAACAAGUCUUCGCCUGCCACCAUUUACACUUUACGUUCUACGAUACCCAUUGGCGCUGGUCUCGGUUCCAGCGCCAGCAUUUCUGUUUGCAUUGCUACUUCUCUUUUACUUCAGGCUCGCGCUCUUUCUGGUCCUCAUCCCGAUCAGAUGCCCGAGGAGGCCGAGAAACAAAUAGAAAGGAUCAAUCAGUGGUCCUUUGUGGGUGAGAUGCUCAUUCAUGGUAAUCCUUCUGGAGUGGAUAACACAGUUGCUUCGGGAGGCAAGGCUGUUCUUUUCAAGCGUGCAGACUACGCAAAACCUCCGCUAGUAUUGCCGCUACGAAACUUCCCAGAGCUGCCGCUACUUCUAGUAGACACGAAACAACCAAAGAGCACUGCUGCAGAGGUCGCAAAGGUGGCCCGCUUGAAGAAGACACAACCUAAGAUUGCCAACCAUAUCUUGGACGCUAUAGACAAUGUCACAGAGUCCGCGCACACAUUGAUCACUAGCCCGGACUUCGAUCCCAAGGACCCUUCAGCGCUCACCCAACUAGGCGAAUUGGUCUCGAUAAACCAUGGUCUUCUGGUCAGUCUGGGGGUCUCACAUCCCAAGCUUGAGCGCCUGCGCGAGCUUGUAGACACAGCAGGGGCUGGAUGGACAAAACUCACGGGUGCAGGCGGUGGAGGCUGUGCCUUUACUCUUCUCAAGCCAGACUUACCUGCAGUCGGCGAAGAAAUGCCAGUAGCAGAGACGGCAAACUCACAAGCAGAAACACUAGCACGACUAGAGAAAGAACUUGAAAAGGAGGGCUUCGAGAAGUAUGAGACAACACUUGGAGGUGAUGGUGUUGGUGUGUUAUGGCCUGCCGUGCUCGACAACGGAAGCGACGAACUUGGAGGUGAAGAGAUUGACCAAGACAAGUUCGAAGCGGUUGAAGGACGUGAAGGUGUCGAGAAGCUCGUCGGAGUUACAGGUGGGGCUCACGGAGGUGUACGAGAAGGCUGGAAGUUCUGGAGGAUAUGA